AUGCAUCCUCUGCAAAUACCUCAAGCUUUUGAUCGUUGGCAUUUGGAUUUUGUGGGUGAAUUGCCUACAACUGGAAACGGAAACAAAUGGUUGUUGACGGCUGUGGAUUACCUCACAAACUGGCCUAUUGCAAGAUCAGUACCAGUAGCAUCUAUGGAAGCGGUAGCGGAUUUUAUCUAUGAGGAGAUUGUCAUGCGAUUUGGUUGUCCCUCUGAAAUUGUGACGGAUCGAGGUGCCAAUUUUACUAGUGGUCUUGUAACAGCUUACACCAAACGUGUUGGAAUAAAUCACAAGCUCACCUCGGCAUUUCACCCGCGCACCAACUCCAAGGUAGAGCGAUACAAUGGCGUGAUCAAGCAAAUGCUUCGUAAGUAUGUCUGUGGAAUACAUCCACUAUGA